AUAUGCCGUAUAUGCAUACUAGGGUUGUUUUUUCCUUAUCAAGAAACAAGCGUGGAUCGCAUGAGUUGUUUUUUAUUCAAACCAACCUACGAUGAUCAUCCACCGUUUAAUUUUAUUCAAACCGUCAGACGAUGCAGACAUCCCUCUAUAUUUAAUCCAUUUAAGUGACUAGCAGUUUCUCCACACAAUCAUAUGUAGUCACCGUCGACGGAGACAAAAACGUUGUUAGAGCUCUGCGGCCACCGCGUUUCCCUGUCGAAAGCCACAACUAGUAGGAGGUCAAUGGAUAACCAAUCAGCGUCACUCCCUCCUCACGUGCUCAUCUUCCCUUUGCCGAUGCAGGGUCACGUCAACUCCAUGAUCAAACUCGCCGAGCUUCUCUGCCUCUCCGGCCUCCACGUCACCAUGCUCGUCUCCGACCACAACUACGAUCGCCUCCAACGCCAUGCCAACAUCCAAUCUCUUUUCGAUCGCUACCCGGGUUUUGGUUUCAAGACCAUCACCGAUGGCCUCCCCGACGACCACCCACGCUCCGGCAAGAAAACUAUGGACAUCGUGUUGUCUCUCAAGGUCAUCGGAAAAUCACUCUUCAGGGACUUGAUGGUUUCCACUGACCGCCUCGGCUCCGCCGGCCACCGGAAACCGUUGACCUGCGUCAUCAUGGACGGUGUCUUGAGUUUCGCCGCUGAGGUUUGUGAUGAAAUGGGAAUUCCGUUCAUCUAUUUCCGUACCGUUGGAGCUUGCUCCUUCUGGGCCAAUUUCUGUAUUCCCAAAGUCAUUGAAGCAGGCGAAGUUCCCCUCAAAGGAAAGGGGAUUGACGUACAGACGUAUAAAAGGAGAGAAGAAAUGGAAUUACCAGUAAAGAGUGUUCCGGGGAUGGAGGGUUUUCUCCGGCGACGUGACUUGCCGGCGUUUUAUCGAGUGGACGAAGUGGAUGACCCUGGUUUCCAAACCAUCAGUACUGAGACCAGACGAUCCACUAGAGCUCGAGCCCUGAUUCUCAACUCCUUUGAAGAUCUAGAAGGACCCAUUCUCAAUGAAAUCCGUAAUCACUGUCCAAAUCUCUACUCCAUCGGACCACUCCACGCCCACCUUCAAUCCCGACUAGCAUCAGAAAAUUCGCGGUCGUCGUCGUCGUCGUCGUCGAAUUCCUCCGGUAGUUUCUGGGAAGAAGACCGUAGCUGCAUGACGUGGCUCGAUUCACAGCCGUCCAAAUCUGUGAUCUACGUGAGCUUCGGGAGCGUCACGAUCAUGACGAGGGAGGAGCUGUUGGAGUUCUGGUAUGGUCUGGUGAACAGUGGGCAGCGGUUCUUGUGGGUCAUGCGUCCGGACUCCAUCACCGGAAAAGAUGGGGAGCGUCAGAUUCCGAUGGAAUUAGAAGAGGGCACGAGAGAAAGAGGAUACAUGGUGGGUUGGGCCCCACAGUUAGAGGUGUUGGGCCACCCAGCAGUUUUUGGGUUUUUGACUCACAGUGGAUGGAACUCCACUUUAGAGGGUAUAGUUGCUGGAAAGCCUAUGAUUUGCUGGCCCUACUUUGCGGAUCAGACGAUUAAUAGUAGGUUUGUGAGCGAGGUUUGGAAAGUUGGUUUGGAUAUGAAAGAUACUUGUGAAAGGGUCAUAGUUGAGAAGAUGGUCAAAGAUAUGAUGGAGGUGAGAAAAGAUGAGUUUGAUCAACGGUCCGAUCAAAUGGCGAAGUUGGCUGAACGAGCUGUGAGCGAAGGUGGGACAUCUUACAAUAAUCUGAACCGUCUGAUUGACUUCAUAAAAUCAAUGGAGUGUGUCAGACUGUCAGUAAAAUGAUAAAGAGUAGUGCUGUAAUAAGUUGUUUUAUUCAAUGAUUCUCAAGUCAAGUCAAAUGAGUACUUUUAUCAUUUUCCAAUAA